AUGUUGGGUCACCAGUUUGCAUAUUCAGCAGCUCCCGUCCGCAAGGUGAAGGAGGUGCAGUUCGGUAUCUUGUCACCUGAAGAGAUUAAAGCGUAUUCUGUCGCCAAAAUCGAGUAUCCAGAAGUCAUGGACGAGGCAACGCACAAACCCAAGUCGGGUGGUUUGAUGGAUCCAAGAAUGGGCACGAUUGACCGGAAUUUCAAGUGCCAGACAUGUGGAGAGGGCAUGUCGGAAUGUCCGGGUCAUUUUGGUCACAUUGAGUUAGCGCGACCAGUGUUUCAUCCAGGCACGCAUAGAGGAUUGUUAUCCGCGCAUUCACCGUCUAAUGUGCUGUUCUCAGGCUUCAUCGUGAAAGUAAAGAAAAUUUUGGAGUUUCCUCUACUCGUUUCGCACCCCACCACCCAAUUUUCUGGGGGCUCUCUCCGCACUUAUGGAGAACCCCAAGCCCGCUCUGCGUUAGUUCUCGACAAUCGAGACGUUCUUCUACCUGAGUGUGGGACGCGCGCGUUUUCGGUCGCUUGA